CUAGUUCUCUAGCAGAACAACUCGAACGGGCAUCAAGUUAAGAACACGAAAAGACGAGAACUUGAAUCGAAAUUAAAACGAAUAAGUGAUUCUUUCUGAUUUUUACAUUUUAUUUGAAAAUUAAAUAUUCAAAAUGGUUUACGAAAGUGGAUUUACAACCCGUAGAACUUACAGCUCCAGACCAGUGACAACGUCGUAUGCUGUAACGUAUCCGUCUGUUCAGAGUGUGACGCGAGUAUACAAAUCGAGCUAUCCAAUCUACUCGAGUUAUUCCAUCCCAAGACGUGUCAUCAGUGGAACACGCGUUAUUGCAUCGCCUGUUCGGGUUGUUACCUCUCCCACCCGAGUUUACUCGCGCAUUGUACACUCUCCGUCGCCUGUGCGUGUUGUGCGUACUACAACACGUGUAGUUACAUCCCCGGAGAGAACGUCUUCCUACACCUAUACCACGCCAUCGACAUACUAUAGUCCGACCUAUUUGCCAUCGACAUACUACUCUUCUGCCUAUAUCCCGACAUCGUAUACAACAUACACGCCAUCGUACCAUUACACCCCAACAACUGUUACACGUGUUUAUGCUCGAUCGGGAUCCCCGGUAAGGAUCACCACAUCUCCGAUACGUUCAACACCUUCCUAUCUGAAGAGACUUCCUCCUGGAUAUGGCGCACGGGCCUUAACUAAUUAUCUCAAUACCGAACCUUUCACCACCUUUUCGGAGGAAACGGGAAGGAUACGUAAUCGCGCACAAUCAUUGAUGCGGGACUUGCACACUCCCGUCGUUCGCCGUGCACGAAGCUGUACUCCGUUUCCAGUGACUGGGUAUUCUUACGAGCCGACUUCUCAAUUGGCCUUAGACGCCUAUGUUGCUCGAGUUACGAAUCCGGUGCGUCAUGUUGCUAAGGAAGUUCGCAAUAUAUCGCACUAUCCAAAGCCAGCAGUAAAAUAUGUUGAUCCCGAUUUGGAUCCGAAUCGCCCAUCAAGAAAAUUUUCUGCUCCCAGACCCCUGGAAGAUGCUAUUGAUCUGGAAUCGAAAGAGAAGCAACGUCUACGCCAGGAGCGUCUGCUGACUGUAAACGAAGAGGCUGUGGAUGAGCUUGAAGUGGAGAAAAAACGAGCUCAACGGGCUGCUGAUGAAGCAAAGCGUCUUGAAGAGAAUGCCCUUAAGGCGAAAAAAGAACGUGAGGCUGCUGCGAAAAAGGCCUUAGAAGAAGAAGAAGCCAAAAAACAGCGGGCUGCUGAAAAAUUGGCCGAAGAGCAACGAUUAAUUCAAGAAGCCCGUCUUGCUGAGGAAGCUCGUCUAGCCGAGGAAGCAGCCCAAAAGUCGGCAGCAGAGCAAGCAAAACUGGCUGAGGAAGCGGCUGCACGUAAAGCUGAGGAAGAACGAUUGGCUGAAGAGGCCCGUCUUGCUGAAGAGGCUCGAUUGGCGGAGAUAGCUGCUCAGAAAGCAGCUGAAGAAGCCAAAGCUGCCGAAGAAGCUGCAGCACGUAAGCUUGAAGAGGAGAAGCGCCUAGCCGAAGAAGCUGCCCAAAAAGAAGCCGAAGAAGCUGCCCAAAAAGAAGCCGAAGAAGCUGCCCAAAGAGAAGCCGAAGAAGCUGCCCGUAAAGCUGAAGAAGACCGUCUGGCUGAGGAAGCUCGGCUAGAGGAAGAAAAACGUGUGCGGGAGCAAGAGCUGAGCCGCCUGGAAGAAAUUGAAAAACAGGCCGAGGAAGAACGCGAGGGCGAGUUGGCACGUCAAGCAGCCGAACUGGCUGAAAUCGCACGCCAGGAGGCUGAGCUAGUUGCCCAAGAGCUUCAAUCCAUUCAAAAGGAAGACAGAGCUGUUGAUGAGUCCGUCGCCGAUGAGCCCAUAGUUGAUGAGCCCGAAACUCCUGUCGCCGAAACUGAACAGGAGCCAAUUAUUGAAUUGAAUUCAAAGAGUGGAGAAACUGCUUUCGUAUUGGAGAACGCUGCCGGCGAAGCUUACGUGGAAGAUGCUGAAUACGAAGAAGAAGAAUAAUCUCUUCUAACAAUAGCUAUUAAUUGCGAACAUACUCCCUAUUCAAUCCUCAAAAUCUAUUAAAAUUCUCAUUUUCGACUAAACCGAAACUAAACCCAACACAAAACUGCUUUUAGCAAGGACUAAUGCUGUUAGGUACAUAUGUACAAUGUUUAUAAAAUUAAACGGCCCCUAUUGAAUACAAUUAAAAAAAUCAUUUUAGAAUCCUUUAUAUAAUACCUAUCCCAUCUGUUAUAACUAUAUACAUAACUGUAUAUAUGCAGUUUUAUAGUUAUUAUUAAAUAAAGUUCACUUCAUAAAAUGGCUGAGUUUAGACAUCACAAACUUUUCGGCCUGAGAAACUUAAGAAGACGAAAUCUUUAUUUUUUUACCGACCGUUUCUGAACAACAACAGUCUCCUGGUCUGAUUCAUAUCUUAUUUAUUUACAUGUAUAUUUACAUAUUUACAUACAGAUUUAAAAAUUGCGAAGGUAAUGUAUUUGGCAUUAAGAAUACAUAUUAUUUGCAAUCGAAUACCAAAAGUCAAAGCUAUGUACGUCAGGCCUAUUUACCAGUUUGGAAGAUUUCAAAAGAAUAAUUUUAAUCCUCAAAGUGAUUAACUCUUCUAAUGAUGAUGAAUGAGAUAGAAAAAUGUAGGCUUCGAUAAUGUUGUCUAUAGUGUACUGUUUGUUUAUGAUUCUAACGGUAAGAGGAUACAACUUACUUGGUAUACGCUCACCCAUCCAAAAGCUAUGCAGGUUUAAUAAAAUUUAUUUAGAAUUAUACAUAUGUGGUUUUACAAGGUUUCAAACAAUUAAACAAAUAUUUUAAUACGUACAAAAUUAAUAAAACGCGUACCUUUAACAUAUGUUUAUGAAUCGGAUUCGCAAUCCACACAAUUUGAUUAUGCCGAAUUCCGAAUUGGAAGAUAAUAAACAACUACAAAACACACUGUAAAGAAAAAUAAAGUUAAAAUUAUAUAAAUGGUA